AAUGUAAAUGUUUAACAGCUGUGAUUGAGGUCAAACAGGCAGCUGGUCCUGAUAUAAAACUGCUGUUUUCUGCAGUGUGGCAGAAAAUUCAUCAGCUGACUGAACAUUAGUGACAAACAUGGGAGCGUCUUCAUCCAGUGGUGGGAAUUCCAACUUCAACUAUGACCUGUCACGUCCGGCCCUGACGAAUCUCUACAACACUCCAGUCUACAACGCUGAGCGGGUGGUUCGUCCUCUGGAUUCCAGUUCCAAACGCUUUGGUAAAGUCAGCCACAGUGGAGUCAGAGUGACGCUGGCUGAUAACUCUCAGUAUCUCGUCCAUAAAGGGGACGGUUAUGGGAAAUCCUCUCAGACGGUGGUGACUGAUGCUCAACACAUGAAAUCAGACUGGAAGGUGACCUCUGCCAGAAACUUCCAGGGAACGAAGACAGUGUCGGACUUCGUGAAAACUGGACAUUCCAAAUACAAUAUGUUCACUGAUAACUGCCACCAGGCAUCGAACCGGAUGAUGAAACAGUGAACGGUUCUUUGCUUUUUAACUUUUAUCUACUGUCAUUGUUAAUACAUGUAAAAAAAAACAACCCCCCCCCCCCAAAAAAAAAACCAACUGUGGGUAUUAUUUGUCAUUAUUUGCACUGAAAACACAGCAGGAAGGAAACUCUCUCUGAUCCAGUUUGAAGAGUAGAGAUGGUUACAACAAGAAAAAGACAAUAAUUUCAUCUUACAUUCCAUUUUGUCUGCUUCUGGUCAUAUCUAACCCAAAGUCCAGAAAAUCAGUAGAAGAAAAUUGAUUAACAAUAAAGUGUAUUUUCAUGACAAUGACA